AUGUCCUCGCCUGCCGCGACGUCGACGACAGCGAAGCCGCUGGCGAGGCUUGCCGCGCAUACGACGACGACCUGCGCUUCACAGGCGACUGUCUAUGGAGACUGCAUUCUCAAGGUCUACACUGAUGUCCGUAAGGACAUCUGCGGGAAGGAAUUUGCCGCCUUCAAGGAAUGCCUGCAAACGGCGAUGAAGCGGAAGUGGUGA